UCAACGAUUCUAUCUAUAUAGUUGACUACGUAUCUUCAUUUAUAGAAUGAAUCUUUGCAUAGGAUCAUCAUAACAAACAUGACCACUACAACUUCAACCAUCGCACCAUACGAUCGAGUAACCGAACUCAAAGCUUUCGACCAAGCAAAAACCGGCGUCCAAGGCCUCGUCGAUGCGGGUAUCCAACACGUCCCUCGCAUCUUCAUCAACCAACCCGAAACCAUUCCAAAAGCUCCCACCUCUAUCGAGCUUCCACUCAUAGACCUCGGAUCACUCGAUAGAGCAUCCACGGUGGAAAAGAUCCGCGAGGCCUCGAAGAACCUCGGGCUUUUCCAAGUGGUUAAUCAUGGAAUCCCAUUGAGUGUGAUGGACGAGACGCUUAAAGGCGUCCGUAGAUUCCACGAACAAGAUGUAGAGACUAAAAAACGGUUUUACACGAGGGACGCUUCGAAUACCGUGGUGUAUAAUAGCAACAUUGAUUUGUAUAGUUCGCCUGCGGCGAACUGGAGGGACACUUUUUUUUCGGUUAUGGCUCCGUUACCUCCAAAGGCGGAAGAAUUGCCCGAGGUUUGUAGAGACAUACAAAUCGCGUACUCGAAUCAUGUGUUGAAACUUGGCGGGUUAUUGUUUCGGUUGAUCUCGGAGGCUUUAGGUUUGGAACCAAAUUAUUUAGGAGAUAUGGAUUGUGACAAGGGGUUGACAUUUGUUGGCCAUUGUUACCCUGCUUGUCCGCAACCGGAUCUAACCAUGGGUGCAACCAAACACACGGACGACGGUUUCUUGACUGUACUUCUACAAGAUGAUAUCGGCGGGCUGCAAAUACUUCAUCAAAAUCAAUGGGUUGAUGUUCCACCUACUCCUGGCGCGCUUGUGAUCAAUAUUGGUGAUUUGUUACAAAUGAUAUCGAAUGACAAGUUGAAAAGUGUGGAGCAUAGAGUGGUGGCGAAUGAGAAAGGGCCGAGGGUGUCGGUGGGGUGUUUUUUCACCACUGCGCUAGCGGCGUCCACGAAGGUGUAUGGGCCUAUCAAGGAGCUGGUUUCCGAUGAGAACCCACCGAGGUACAGGGAAACCACCGUUCAUGACUACGCUCAGUAUUCCAUCUCUAAGGGCCUUGAUGGUGUUCCGCGUUUACUUCAUUUGAAGAUAUAAAUUGUACCAUACUUAUGAAAUUUACAACCUUAUAAAUGUUUGUCUAUACAAAAACAUAUGUAUGUUAUUCAUACCCAUGCUUAAACUCAAAACAAUAUUGAUAUUUGGUCCUUUGACCUAUUAUCAUUUGGUUUA